UCAUUGGGUGGCAAUGCAAAACUUAUUUGUCCUAGUUACCAUACUUUGGAAGCGGAACUAAAUGUAUUUAUUGACAAGUUAUGUAGCAUAAAAACCUUUUUUAUCCAUUCUAAUUCAUUAACAACCCCAAGUGCCGUCUUUCCUCCAUGUAGUCCUUCUCUCUUUCUCUCUAUGGGGUCGAAAGCGAGGAUGGGCUUUGGUUCUCUCUUUUUCCACUACGUUCUUUUAGCACUCUUUGUGGCUUCCUCGUAUGGCGAGACAGCGGGGAGUUCGAGCGGGGGAAGGAGCUUGGCCCAGUGCAACCUGUUUCAAGGGAGCUGGGUCUACGACGAGUCAUACCCUCUCUACGACUCGGCGAGUUGUCCGUUUAUCAGUAAAAUGGGGUUUGACUGCCUGAAGAGUGGCCGGCCUGAUGAGAACUACCUCAAGUACAGGUGGAAGCCCGAUGGUUGCGAGCUCCCAAGAUUUGAUGGCAAGGAUUUCUUGCAGAGAAUGAGGGGAAAGACAAUAAUGUUUGUGGGGGAUUCAAUAAGUUUGAAUCAGCGGGACUCGCUCGCUUGCUUGCUGCAUGCAGCAGUACCUGAUAUUGUUGUUUCGUCCGAUGAUGUUAAAUUUGAGGACUAUAACGUCACAUUGUCUCGCAGCCUCGCACAGUAUCUGGUGGACAUUGUCCCUGAGGAGAUAGGGAAUGUUCUUAAGUUGGACUCUGUGCAACAAAAUGCGCAGGGCUGGCUCCGUGCAGAUGUUCUCAUCUUCAACUCAUUCCUUUGGUGGAACCGUAGCAAUCCCGGCAGACCGAUUUUAUGGCAUAGAUGGGAUUAUAUUCAGGAUGGCAACCAAAUACUCAAAGACAUGAACCGCACCGAAGCAAUGGCGAAGGCUUUGAACACAUGGGCUAGAUGGGUCGACUCCAACAUCGAUCCAAAUACUAAGAAGGUCUUCUACUUCGGAAUUCCCCCAACCCACAUGCAUGGAGCGGAUUGGGGUGAGCCAGGGAAAAGUUGUGUUGGAGAGACAGAACCACUGAUGGCAAAAACGUACCCCGGAGGUCCAAUUCCGCAAGAAAGCAUAGUACGGGGCGUGUUGGGAAGUAUGUCGAAGCCAGUCUAUUUGUUGGACAUAACUUUCCUCACACAACUCAGAAAAGAUGGCCACCCGGGGCAGUACAACGGUGGCGAUUGCACUCACUGGUGUUUAGCUGGAGUUCCGGAUACAUGGAACCUAUUAUUGAAUGCCGCCCUUCUUGAAUGGAGCUGACAUUUCUUCUCCCUAGAAGUACAUGAAAGUGGCGCAAAUGAGAAGAUUUUCAUGGAAAAUGAGGGAAAAGUUUAAUUAUUAGAAUAAACUACAUGGAGAUUUUUUUCACUAGUCAUAGAAUGUUAAAAUUCAGUUCAUGAGGACACGUUAAUGGGAAGAUAGUGUUUGUCAGUGCAUGAAUUGUUUUACUUUAUUUUCUUAAGAAAAAUAGAUCUUUAAAAGCGAA